AUGUCUGUUAAAGGACAAGACGUCGAUCUAACUAGAGCCAAACAAAAUACAGGAGUCUGGCUGGUGAAGGUUCCCAAAUACCUUUCUCAGCAAUGGGCCAAAGCUUCUGGAGGAGAAGUAGGCAAACUUAAAAUUGGCAAAGCUCAAGGGAAGACUGUGGUGUCAUUCAAUCUGAAUGAGGAGCUGACAGUUGUUGAGUGCUCUGGUGAGAAGGUUUCAUCAGUGCGCACCCCCAGAGAACAUCCCUUUGCCAUACAGGCGGUGGGGGGUCAAACCCUUGCUGUCUUUACAGAGAGUCCAGAUAAGGUGGCUCUUGAAGGCAUGGUUGUGCAUCGAGCUGAGUGCAGACCUGCAGUCACUGAGAGCUACAUGAAAUUAAAGAAGCUGCAGAUUGAAGAAUCCACCAAACCUCUUCGUUUGUCUCAGAGGCUUGACAAAGCUGUUACAACCAAUUACAAACCUGUGUCUAACCACAGCCAUAGUGUGGAAUAUGAGAAGAAGAAGAAAGAGGAAGGCAAACGUGCAAGAGCUGACAAGCAGAAGGUUCUGGAAAUGCUCUUUUCUGCCUUUGAGAAGCAUCAGUACUACAAUAUUAAAGACCUGGUGGACAUCACAAAGCAACCAGUGAUUUACUUGAAGGAGAUCUUGAGAGAGAUUGGAGUGUACAAUUCAAAAGGGCCUCAUAAGAGCACCUGGGAGCUGAAGCCAGAGUAUCGCCACUAUGAGGAAGGACAGGAGGAUGAGGAAAAGUUAGAAUAA